AUGUCAGAGGCUUCGAUACCCAUCACAAAGCGUCUGCACAUCUCCGGCCUUACGCCGCAAUUCUCGCAGGACGCUUUGCGAGAACGUCUUUCGACAUAUGGAAAAGUACUGGACAUUGUUGGGUUGGAGGAUUCGUACCUUAAUGGUGUGGGACAGCGCCGGCCGUAUGCCUUUGCGACGCUGCAAACGACUCCUCAGCAGCUCGCCAAAUGUAUGAAUACUUUGAGUGGUGCCGUGUGGAAAGGUGCCAAAAUUCGUGUGGGAGAAGCGAAACCCCCGUGGCACGAGCGGAUGGCGACAGAGCGAGCCAAGCUCGGAGCAGGUGACAUGCAGAGUAAGGAGAUGGACCGGCAGAGACGGCGCCUACGAAAACGGCCAUGGAUUGGGAUGGAAGCCCAUAAUAUGCGACCAGUUACGCUAGAACGUGUGCAAAAUGGUGAAUGGGGCUGGAAAGUUACGCCAGCUGGACAUUUGAUCAGGCCUAUGCUUAUGCGACCGUCACGACCGAUCCCCAGACCUGCAGAUGCUGAGGUACAUAAGCGACACGCCCCGCAUCGUGCGCCGCGUCUUACAUUAGAUCCAACUCGGUAUCAACGCGAGCACUUGUCUGGACGCAUUUUUGAAGCCCUUCCACAGGACGACGAAGCGCAGCUUCGAUGGCAUUGGGAUGACGAGGCUCGUGAGUGGCAAGCGCUAGAUGCACAUGACCAUUGUGUUGCCACCGAAAAGGGUCCACGAGAGAGACCUACAGCACUUGUUGCGACCUCCAUUGACGAGCCUCUUGAAGAUGAGCUACCCACGACCCUAUUUGAACAGAACGAAGAAGUUCCCGAUGAGUUGUUUGAUGCCCCUGAAACGUCGAAAGAUGAUCAGUGGUGGAAAAAAGAGGAUGCAUCCACCGAUUUGUUUGAUGCACCACCAACGUCACAAACUGACUCUUGGUGGAAUGAAGCGGACGAGCCACCAGCGUCGAAAUCCCAGCCCAUUCUCCGUACUAAUCUUCUGGAUGAUGAUGAAUUUUCUGAUGGGUAUGAAGAGACUGAACAUGUGCCCGUGCAUCCAAAAGACGAGAAGAAAUUAGCUUUGGAUGUGGUAAAGAAUUUGUUUGGAGAAAGUCAAGCUGAUGAGCCGGAGCCUACGAGUGUAAACUUGUCAGAUGAUCGUAACGCAAAAGACGUAACUUAUAAUGCGUCUGGCAUCACGACCGAAGCAUCUCAACCAUCAGAAAAAGUGCACAUGGAAAGCCUUAAGGAUAUGUUCCAGCCCACGGAGGACUCUGGCUCUCUUGCGCUUUUUGGCUCGUUAGUCGAUGAACACGAUAUGGCCGAAGACGAUGAUGCAGUGGCUGGUAUUCUAGGCGCUUCAAAUACUGCACCAGAACAAGCACAAGCACCGGCACCAGCCCCGACGCCGGUCCAUACUAUGCGUGUCCCACCAUUUACGACACCUUUUACGCUUGCUUCGGGUACACCGAGCUUGCUACCUGCUUUAUUUCAACGCGGCUCAGCACCGUUUUGGAAAGUGGAUACGGACGAAGAGAUUCACGAACGCUGGCUAUCUAAGCGAUCUGACCUUACCCAGACCUACCGCCAACUACACCGAGACGCCAUUAAGAAACGAAAGCGUCGCGUGGUCGGUUCACGUGCCGGUCUCCAGCACGGCGGCUUGGCCCCCGUACGCGGCGCAGCGGCUCCGCCCGCCACGACAUGA